AUGGCCCCUCGCCCAACCCCACCCCAAAUCCACGCCCUCUCCAUCCCCGAAAUCUUCGAACUAAUCCUCCUGAACCUGGACACCCGCACCCUCCUCACAAAAGCAACCCGAAUCUGCCACACCUGGUCCCACUUCAUCAAUUCCUCCCCAGCCCUCCAAUGGGCCCUAUUCUUCCGCCCCCUCGACAAUGCACUGAACAAAUCAAAGAUCCAAAACCCCCUACUAGCAGCGACCUUCCCAUCAAUCUUCCACCAGUAUGGAAACACUAAAACUAACGACACCGACAUAAAUGGAAACCCCACUCCCAGGGUCACAUUCACCACCUUCGACAUGGUCAAGAACCCGCACAAAUGGGACGCAUACAUCAGACCAGAAGCCAGCUGGCGUCGUAUGCUGGUCCAGCAGCCACCCGUGUAUACGUUAUCACUGCUAAGGAGUAAUGUCGGACAUGGCGGACAGUAUUUGUAUAUUUAUGAGGCGUUGGAUGACCUAAAAGAGCCAGGUGGUGGCCUGCGAAUGGAUAUUGUCUUUGAAGCACUGGUUUUCGCUGAGAGGUGGGAUCAAGAUCAAUACUCUGCGACGCAGAUGGUCUGGGGUCGGGAAUACCUCCCUAAACGGGUUCGUGGGGACAUGGAGCUUUUUGGUGUCCAGAAUCUGGAGCUAGUGUUUUAUACUAGUUUAGGAGAGGCACCUAGGGGGAGAAAUUAUUAUUCGGCGAGUUUGGAGGAAUAUGAUGUUGCGGAAUGUGAGGUUGUGAAGAAUGUUAGAGCGGCGUAUACUUCAUUGGGCAUGGAGCCGAAGUACUCUGAUAAGGCUUUUUUGAGGGGUCGGAAGUCUUGGGGGUCACUCUGGGAUUAG